ACCGGCCUGUCGAUAACACCGCGGACUCCGCGAACGAAAGUCCAUCUCUCGAUUAACGCGUCUCCUCUUCGAUCUUCCUCGAAAAAUCGCCCGCUAUAGAUCAUUUAAAAAAGGAACAAUGUCGACGACAAGCGCGUUAGAAUCUUCUUACCAAACCUUCGCGCCGAUUUUUCACGUUCAAUGACACGCACAGAGAAAAAUUUGCCCAGGUGACCGUAAGUUGACUGGAGUAGAAAAAGGAAAAAACAGGUGAAAAAUGAAAGCGCGCUUUCUAGCCAUCGCGAAUAAUCGAUCGACGUGAGAUCGCGACCUGGUAACGGACAAUGAAUCUCGAAAGUGGCUGGUCGAUUCUAGUGUUCGUAAUUUCGUGAAGGAGUAUAUUUAUACUAAGAUAGACGAAGUUUCCAACGAGGAGUUGAAGAAAGAGUCGGUUCGUCGGAAGGAUCCGUAAAAACGGUUCGAGAGACGAGUAAAGAGAGUCUGCUUUCGACAUGGUUUGCACGAAGAAGAUACGAUGAAGUUCUCCUGCUUCCCGAAGCCAACUAUCCUUGGUCGGACGGGUAGUAUCAAUCUCACCCCUCUGCCAGGGAACAACGAAACGAGCAAUGUGAACGGCGUGAGCACGAACAAUAAUACGAAGAGCCCGGUUGUGUCGAGCUACAAACAGUCCGGCGAACCAGAUCUGACUCACGGCGUGAUACGCUCGUUGCCUGGUACCACUGUGUCCAAUGGAACAGUUCCUCUGGUGCACUCCAAUGGAAAAAGCAAAGCACCGGCACCACCUCCGAAGAAGAGCAACCAUAAUCACCUUCCCACGCAUCACGAGAAUGAACAGGAAGAUGCCAGGAGCUCGGACAGCUCUGAUAAACCAGCGAAUCCAAGGGGUGGUAUUAUUGGCAAAACUCCGACUCCUCCCUCUGCACCGAUUCCCGUUUACGAGAAAGAUGCCAAAAGUAGACGACAGAUUAAGAGGGCCAUUUUGGAGAACGAAUUCCUUGGCAAUCUUGAGGAGAACCAAGUGGAGGCGUUGGUUUCAGCCAUGUACGCGAAACAAAUACCACCGAGUACUUUGGUGAUUCGCGAAGGAGACAUUGGAUCACAUCUUUACGUCUCUGCGGAGGGAGAGUUCGACAUCUAUCAGGGCAACAAGUUCCAACGAAGCUUCGGUCCAAGUGUCGCAUUCGGAGAAAUUGCUUUGCUCUACAACACCAAGAGACUGCGAACCAUCAGCGUGAAGGAUGGUGGAAAAGUAUGGGUGCUCGACAGAUCAGUGUUUCUCACAGUGAUGAUGCAAACCGCCCAGGAGAGACUGGAAGGGAAUAUACGGUUCCUCAGACAAGUUUCCGUCCUUCAGAAAUUACCUGAGCCGAAGGAUCACGUUCUUGCCAAGAUCUCUGAUCUUAUUCGUGUGGAAUUCUUCCCUUCUGGGGCUAAAAUCGUCCGGCAAGGAGACAAGGGAGAGAAGUUCUACAUAAUCAGCGGUGGAAACGUUCGAAUCAUCAAAGACACCGAAUACGGCGGCGAGGAAGAAUUGGUGGUUCUUGGAAAGGGUGAAUACUUCGGUGAGAAGGCUCUGUACGGUAACGAUGGUGAAAAUCGAAGACACGCCACUGCCAUUGCAUUAGCACCUGGUGUGGAAUGUUUAACGUUAGACAGACAAUCCUUCUUGAACUACUUGGGCGGUCUCGAUGAAAUACGCAACAAGGACUGGUUAGCAGAGUACGAGAAGCAGAAACGAUCUCUGACACCGAAGAAAUGGACGAACGAGUACUCGAAAGUCACUUUAGACGACCUGGAAACCAGAGGUACUUUAGGUGUUGGUGGAUUUGGCAGAGUUGAUUUGGUUACCUUGAAAUCAGACUCUGAUAAGAGCUUCGCGCUGAAGAAACUGAAGAAGAAGGUGAUGGUCGAGCAGCAGCAACAGGAACACGUGUUGAACGAGAAACACAUCAUGCAGGCUUGUGAUUCACCGUUCAUAUGCAAACUCUAUCAGACUUACAAGGACAGAAAGUACGUGUACUUCCUGAUGGAAGUCUGUCUUGGCGGAGAUGUCUGGACAACUUUACAAAAGAGACGACAUUUUGACGACGCGACUGCACAAUUCAUGGUUGGUUGCGUCGUUGAAGCUCUCGAUCAUCUGCACUCCUUGAACAUCGUUUAUCGAGAUUUGAAGCCGGAGAAUCUUAUGCUCGACUCUCGUGGAUACUUGAAAUUGGUUGAUUUCGGUUUCAGUAAGAAGAUUGGUCCAUCGAAGACGUGGACUUUCGCUGGGACGCCUGAGUAUGUUGCUCCAGAAAUUAUCUUGAACAAAGGACACGACAGGGCUGUAGAUUACUGGGCUCUUGGAAUUCUAACUCACGAGUUGCUCGUUGGCAAACCACCCUUCAGGGGCUCCGAUCACAUGUCCACUUAUAAUAGAAUUCUGAAAGGUAUCGAAGUGGUUGGAAUACCUGGUAUAGUUAGCAAAAAUGCUAGCAGUCUCAUCAAGAAGCUUCUUCGUCUGAAUCACUCCGAGCGCCUUGGGUACCAGAGAAACGGCAUUCAGGACAUUCGAGACCACAAAUGGUUCGGUGGAUUCAAAUGGCAAGCGUUGCAGAGACUAGCUUUACCUGCACCGAUAGUUCCAACGGUGCGAAGUCAAAUCGACACGAGGAACUUCGAGAGAUAUCCUCCGGAUCGCAAUGUUCCUCCAGACGAGUACUCCGGAUGGGACGCAAGCUUCUAAAGAGAAAUAGCGAGGGCAUGAUCAGCCGCACGACAAUCGUUCGUCGAAAGGAACAAUAGCAUUCUCAGAAGUGCUGAGAAAAACACUUUUAAUAACCCGCCUGUAAUAAAAUUUUAUCUAUAGUCGAAUGAUUAUCGCGUUAUCUCCAUUCAGUUUAGAUGUUAUCAACGAAAAAUUCCUAUUUAUGCUAGCAACAUUCCAAGCAACGAUAAAUUCCCACUAAUUGACCUAAGUUGUUAUAUUGUAAUUAUGUAGCAAUUUCGUAUUACGAGUAUUCUAGACUCGAAAGUGAACAAAAAGAUACUCUA